AUGUCCGUUCAAGCCGCCUGGGACGCGUGCUCCAAAACCGACACCCUCUUCAUCCUCGUCUGCAGCGUCUUCUGCUGGCUCAUCAUCCCUGCGGUCGGCCUGGCGUAUUCCGGCUACUCGACGCGCUUCAACAGCCUGUCAUCCUUCUAUCCCGGCCUAUUAGCAGUCGCCGUGUGCUCCAUCCAAUGGUGGAUGAUCGGAUACUCGCUGGCCUACGGCGACGCCAACAGUGUAUUUGGCGGAUUCAGCAAGAUCUUUCACAUCGGCGUGCUGUCAAACCCAGUCGGCUCGAUCCCCGAGAUCCUGUUCUCCGAGUUCCAGCUGAUCUUCUGCGCGACGGUCUGCGCCAUCGCCAUCGGAGGCGCCUGCGAACGAGGGCGCCUCCUCCCUUUGAUCCCGUUCAUCUUCCUCUGGUGCACAUUCAUCUACGCCCCCCUCGCCCACAUGGUCUGGUCCGAGACCGGCUUCCUCGCCACGCUCGGCACCCUCGACUUCGCCGGCGGAACCCCCGUGCACAUCUGCAGCGGCGCCACAGCGACAGCAAUGAGCGUGUACCUAUCCUACCCUCUCUUCCGAUCUCGACGCUCAGCCUCCCGCACCCCGCAGCACCUCGUCCUCCACAAACCGCACAACUCCCUCUGCCAGCUCCUCGCGCUGAUCAUCAUCUGGAACGCCUGGCUGGUCUUCGACGCGGGGACUACACUGGCACUGAACUUCAAAAGUGUCAUGGCCGCCUGCGUCACGAACCUCUGCGCUGCCUCGGGCGCCCUCACCUGGGCGAGUCUAACCUACUGGGAGACCGGGAAGUGGAGUCUCGACAGCACAUUCCUCGGCGCGAUCGCGGGUCUAGUACUCAUCACGCCGAGCGCGGGGUUCAUCGAUAUGAACACGGCGGUGGGGUUCGGGGUUCUCGGCGCGGUCCUGGGCCGACAGGCGCUGCGGAUCAAGUUCACGAAGAUGGCCGCGCGGUGGCGAUGGGUGGAUAAUGGGGAUACGUUUGCGACGCACUGUCUGGGUGGGUUCGUGGGGACGAUUGUGACGGGGUUGUUUGCGCAGCGCGAGGUCGCGGCGUAUGAUGGCGUCACUGUCAUCGCGGGCGGCUGUGUCUUUGAUGGGAAUUGGAGACAGUUGGGGGUGCAGGUGGUCGAGGCGCUGAUUGGGUUCGUGUGGAGCUUUGGAGGGAGUUAUGUGCUGUAUGCGCUUGUGGAUUGUGUGCCGGGGUGGGAGGUUUUGGCUACGGAUGAGGAGGUGAUUGCCGGCAUGGACGCCUCGCAGAUGGACGAGUCGCUUCAUGCAGCGCAGUGGGCCGGAGAAGAGGAUUACCAUCCCUUCAAACCACUCCAGAUCUAG